UACGUAGAAAGCACGUGAUCAUAAUAUCAUUUAAAUAAACACGAAAAAAUGUAACCAAAAACUGAACGCGACGCGGUCACGCGAUACAUUUUGAGCACGCCAUGUUUGAAAAUUAAGGAAAAACUAUUGUUUUGUAAUAUUUUCUUUGUGAAAUUGCUUUCGGCAUUGGGUGUUACCUCCUAAUUACAGGCAAGCAUGGCCGUGCAAUAAGAAUCAUGAACUCAAAGCGUUCCAUCCAACCCAAAUACAAUAUGAACCGGUGUCCAAUACACAUUAUAUUACCUAUUCUGACCAUCAUUCUCCCUUAUAUAUCCACACUAAACCUUCCUAGUGGAGACCCUGCGCCGGGAAGAUCGCCAGGACCCCCCUUUUCUGAGAUCGAGGAUUAUGAUGAAACCACAACCAGUGAAGUGACCACAGUGCAGGUGAUAACUGACGCGUGUGAGUACGCCCGGAUUUCGAGUGAAAGUGAGCAGAUAGUGACGCUGAGUGAGACGGAAAGUGAUGUGAAAUUGACAGUUGGCCACGCCGUUUUUGAUACUGCAGAGCUGGUUCGUGGAGUUGUUUAUGAUGUGCACCUGCAGUUCAACGCGCCAUUCCUCUGGGACUACGCGCUUCACUCAAUCGUCGGCUCCAGCAUCAAAGGGAACUUCACGCCAACAAGCUUCUCCGAGAAGGCCUGCCUCGCUCCUCCCUACUUCAUACCGAAAAGAAACACUCGUGCGCACAUGUGGUCUAGUGAAUUUAGGACGAAAAGUGUUUACUUUAAACCGCGGAGAGUUCGAUCGUUACGUAAACGGUUUCAUAGAUUUCUGCCAGCGCUGGUGGUCAGUGGCCCUCUGGAGGGGAGAAGCGGUGUUGCAUUGAAGUGGUCCAUCGAUGCUGUUCAUUUAGAUAAAGAGGAAACUAGUGUUGUUUUUAGGUUACGUUAUAGGACGACAACGAGUGCCACCAUUUACCAAGUGUUCUUUACUAAAACUUUAAGAUUAGAUUGUGCUAUAAGAAUUCGUAACCGCUCUGGACGCAUACAUUCCGGCCACCUGCCUCGUACACAUGGCUGCCACCUCACAUUCCCUCAACCCUCGCCACGAAACGCCCUCCUCGUAGAACUACACAAACUCAAUGUACCCUGUUCUUCAGGGUAUAUCAGGUUCGCUCCAAACACCCCCACCAUUUGUGGGAAACUGGAACAAAUACCCUUACAAUCCAGAAGGUAUCUUUAUCAGUCUUCGUCCAAACCAGAACUAGAACUCCACGGUCGACCUACGUUCGCCGCAAUCUACCGUCUAGUAGACCACUGCCAUGAUGUCCUACUGACGGCCAGAAACGGCUCGUUCGACGUCGGCCCAACUGUCAAACUCCUCUGCUCGUAUAAAAUACAUUUACCAUAUGGAAACCGUGUUGCGUUGCGACUCCAAAUGGGCACAAAGCCCAAUGAAAACUCUAAUGUUGCUCACGAGGAGUCCAAAGUUUUUUGCAAAGGAAUGGAACUGACCCUUCAAGAUGGAGAUUCCAGAUGGAAGCAUUGUUCCCAGCCUGGUGAUCCUCUACGAAGUGUACAGAUUAUAUCUGAAGGGAAUUCGAUUAGACUCAACGUUAGUAUACUUGCUAAAAGGAAUUCUUCGGCCAUGUGGUUAAAAGUUUGGUGGAUGGAUAAGCCAAUGGAAGAUAUGGUUGGAAAUUGCGAGUUUAGUUGGAUUGCAUCUGGUGACUUCUGUGUAUCUGCUAUUAGGGAUAUUAAAAAGACUUGGAGGCAAGCGGAAGCAGAGUGUGUGAAACUUGGAGGGCAUUUAGCCAGCCUGGCAGAUGAGCACCAGCAACAAAUUUUAGACCAACUGUUAUCCCACGCGCCCGGAAGCCACGAAGACGACGUCUAUUGGAUAGGAGCUACUGACUCUGUUCACGAAGGGGAAUUCCGGUGGUCUGACGGUCUACCUUUCUCUUACGCACACUGGUUUCCUGGAUGGCGAAAGCAUGCAAGUCAGCCGAAUGAUGAUGGGACAUCUGGGCAAGAUUGUGUGGAAGUUCGCAGAGCGAUGCCACCACGACCAGCUCACCCCACAUUCUUAUGGAAUGAUAGAAGCUGUAGAGAGCAUAACUACUUUGUGUGCGAGCGGCCUCGAGCAAAUGACCCAUACAAGGCCUCGUAUAUCCAGUGCAAUGAAACCAUAGUCCUGUCUCACGCCUACCAACACGCUACCGUCUCGAGCCCCGGCUUUCCCCGACCGUAUCCAGACGAUGCCGAAUGCGUGACUGAAAUCCGGGCCCCACCACAGCAUUCGAUAAGGCUGCACUUUGAAGAAUUGCUGACGGAACAUGAACCUCAUUGCAGCUACGACUUUUUGGAGAUCUUAGAGCCGAAUAUAGACAACAUCACAGAACAUGAAGAUUGGUUGGGAACAGAACAUCACUCUUACAGCUCGGAAAAUGAGGUGUUUGAAGAACUAGAGACGCUGAUCCCAGAAUCUGACUCAAUUAGCGCUGGUUGGUCACGUGAUUCAGCAGUUCGCCGGCGUCGUCUCUGCGGGGACUGGGGUGGAAAACUGAAACUCUUGCGCUAUCAGUCAAGGGGCCAUAUUUUACGAAUUCGCUUCAGAUCUGACCAUUCAAGACACCACGCUGGAUACCGGGCUAAAGUGACGUUAGCAGACUCACAGUCAUGUAUGGACUCGAAGCAAAUCCUCUUCAAUGGCUACUGUUACCUCUUCUCCGGAUACCCACGGGCCUCUUGGACUACAGCCAAACAGGUUUGCGAAGGCUUAAACAUGCAUUUAGCCUCCGUCCAUACGUCAGAUGAAGAACGAUUCCUUGUGUCAGGCAUCAGACAAAGCAGCGAUUACAGCGCUGGAGCAAUCUACUGGCUCGGCGGUAAUCUAGCUAAUGAAGAACUCAGCUGGGUAGACGGCAGCGCUUUAGGAUACCAAGCAUGGCCGCCUUACAACGAUACGGAGGAGUUUGAUGAAGCUUGCUUAGCUGUGCAGUGGAAAACAUCUCCAGUGCCAUCACAGCCCAGCGGGUUGUACUGGUCGCUUCACAAAUGUUCAGUGACUGGAGGUUACGUGUGCAAACGACGUCUUAAACCCGAGUACUUAGUCAAGAAUGAAACGGUUGAAGGAGCUUCUGGUGUAAUAAGCAGUCCACACCAUCCGGCGCUGUACGACACAGACUUGGACCACUUCACCUUGAUACGAGGACCUCCAGCCACGCGGCUGGUCUUCAUCUUCCAAACCAUUGAUUUGGAGUACCAGGGAGAUUGUCUAUACGACUAUAUUGAGCUACGAGAUACAAUUAGUAUGAAAUCAUCAAGAUACUGCGGAACAGUGGAAGACGUUAGAUGGGUCUCCUCAAAGAAUGAGGCGCUUUUGCAUUUUCAUUCGGAUUAUAGCGUUCAAGGUUCGGGGUUUCUUGUUAAAUGGCACGCGGUAGAGUUGUCAGGUUGUCCUUCAAAAACAUUCACUUCUAAAGAAGGAGUAAUCACAAGCCCAAACUACCCUCAUUUUCUAUUACCUGAUCUGGACUGUACUAUGGAUAUUCUUGCUCCUACAGGAAAGCGCGUAUUUCUUAAUAUCAGUUACUUCGAUUUUGGCUACGGAUCGUUUUUAAAUGGAAUUCCUCUGAACAUAACAAAUCUUGUCCCAAAAGACAAUUAUCUGGAGAUCCAAGUUGACCCACAAAUAGACCCCAUUCGCCCAUUUCUGGAACCAAAUGUUUUGACCAAUGGAUUGUUUGUUUCCACCUCGGAGGUGAUCCGAUUGAGGCUGAAAACUGGAGGAAAUGUUACUGGAGUUGGAUUUCUGGCACAUUUUAAAACUGUUAGCUUCCUCAAUAUAUCCAACGUGGUGGAAUUGGGUGGCGUUCGUUCUGGCAAGAUCUCGUCUCCCAAUUGGCCAAGCGCUGGUCCUUCGCGCGCCAGAGUCCGGACUAGACUAAUCGCUCCACACGGAUUUAUUCUAUCUGUAUUCUUUGCAAGUACUGUACUCGUCCCCAACACUGGGGUAUGGCCGUGCGGUGAUGGCAAAGGGUGGAUUGAGGUACAAGAUAGUUACACAGACAACAAUGGGACCACGUGGAUGUUAUGCGAGAAUAAUCGACUCACGCGCAGUUCAGAAGCUACUGUUCCUCUCGUUAUCAACUCAUAUCUCCAUACACUUGUUGUCACGCAGCAUUCUGCCGACCGACCUGUUAACAUUGAUGUCUCUUUGAUUGUUAAAAAUGAUCCAGAAUACCACAGUAAAAUUCUCCUUCUCCCAGAUGAGACAAAUAUAGAGUCAUGUUAUCCAAACCCUUGUUUGCACGGAGCUCGCUGCGCAAACGAUGACACCAAGAACUUUUGCCAAUGCUCUGGAUACUAUACCGGUGUAUUCUGUUUGAUAACUGCCUGCGAGCGAUCGCCUUGCGUGUUCGGAAAUUGCUCUUUAUCUGAAGACCCCGACGAUGUCGGUUUCAAAUGCGCGUGCGCACGUGGCUAUAAAGGAAAACGAUGCUCUGAACGAAUACGUCCCUGCGCAUCUAAACCGUGCAAUCAUAGAGGCGCUUGCCUGGAAAAGGAUGGAACGUUUCUCUGUCAGUGCAAUCCAUCUUGGAAAGGAAAACGUUGCGAAAUGCCAAAUCCAACACCGAACAUCAUCGGAUUGGGAGCUAGAAUGAUGCAAGAGCCAUUUUGGCUCGGCCUCUUCGCCGUGUUCUCUGUCUUAGGAAUGGUUGGUUUGAUUUGGUGUGCGAAACGGCAUUUCCCUGAGAAAAUUGAAAAAUUACUAGCGGAAGAGGCGGACAGGUGUGCAAGACCGGCUGGCGUGGCGCGGGGCGGGCGCGGCACCGGCGAGGCCCGCACUCUGCUCACGCGGCUCGGUAUCCGCAAGCCCUCCAUUUCCGGCCUCGCCCAACCGCGGGCCGCGCGCACCUUUAGUUUGGACGAUCUCUUAAAGCCGCCGCCCGGACGAUCACCAUCACCUCGUAAAAAACGCAACAAUUCAACACCAACUAAGAAAAAUGCAGCUGAAAAGAAGCAAAUUUUACAGCAGCUUAUAAGUCCCGCGGCCGCCAACGAACAUUCAAAAAAAAUUACAAUGUGCGAGUUAAUACAGAUGUCUGAAAAGAAAACUUUAAGCACAGUAGAGAGUGCUCCUGCUUUUGUACAAUACGGCAUAGAAAAUAAGGAUACGUCAUUUGCAAGUGAAGGGUCCUCACCUUCUACAUCACCGUCAAUGCGCCAAAUAUCGGAUCCAAAAUUAGAAAAAAAAGUUACUUUCGCUAGAUUAUUAAAUAAGGUUUCAGCUGAAAUGAGUUCUAGUUCUGACGCAGACAUGGUGAACACAAUAGCUAUACCAAUGGCCGUUAUUUCUAAUAGAACUCUAAAAGCUAAGGCAUCCAGUACGCCACCAUCUCCGGGAGUUGAAAUGAGGUCACCGCAUAGCACAUCAAGCAAUCAAGGAAGUGACUCUAUGUCCAGUUUAGAUUUAACUGCUCAUUCCACGCUGAAGAAGUAUUCCAGGACGCCGAAAAUCUCAAGUGCAGACUCAAUAUUAGCGAUGUUUCGAAACUUUUCAUCAUCAGCAGCUCUUACAUCUCGCGCUUCGUCCGGUGGAAUAUCCAUAUCCAGUACACCAACCGCUUCAUCUCCACAAGAUGAUACCAUGGAUGCUGAUGAUGUAUCGAUUAGUUCUUGUCACAUACCUUCCUUAGCGCCUGACUCACCUAUUGCUAGACCUCAUAACACUAUUGAAAUUCAGGUUGUCGAUCCGCUAAAUGCUCACAAGCCAUCAUCAUCCAGCAAUUUGCUACAUCCUCCGUCCAUCCUCCUUGAGGUUCCGAGUUCUAUUAACAAGUGCCUAUCUCCAAUUCGAGAGUUACCUACCCCUCUUCCUACUCCCUUACCCACCCCCCUUCCCACUCCACUGCCAUCUCCAAGGAUGCCAAGAGCCAAAGUAGAACCAGAUCGUAAAAGCGAAUCAACGUUAACGUGUAUCUCACCUAGCGAAGACGAACUGGAGGAGAUUAAAACGGAAAAAAUUAGGCCAUAUCCUGAUUUGCGUUUGAAGCUUCGUCGUCCAGAAAUAUAUUCAGACACACCAACUUCAUCUACAUUAAUCACAGACUCUCCAAGUCCGAGUGUUACGCACAGUCAAGAUUCUGAGCAUGAGAUGUCUUCUCCGUCUCCCGCCACAACAUCUCUUCGAGUUCCGGUUCUUACAAUAGAGAGACCUUCCCCGGGUUCACCUCCACCGAGAAGAACCCCACCACAUCUAGAGUUUCAUCCGCCGCCCUUAAUAACGGUAACGUACAACGCAAGCGAAGAAUCUGAUGAACCACUAUCUCCUAGACCUCCACCAUCAUCGUCAAAUAUGUGUUAUUUGAGUCCUUUCUCGAUGGCCGUGCGGGGCGAGCGAGCCCCAUCCGAAUCAAAUCUGUCCUCGUCGGGCUACAGUUCCAUGGCCAGCCCCGGUCCGUCCCGAUGUGGUUCCAGCAACCCCUUAUGUCCUUCGGAAAUGGAGGAUCCGGGCUCCGGUGGUGGUCCUUCGUGCUUUCAAUCUAGACGGCGACCUCUAAUGAAGACCAACUCUAGUCCGGCGACAUCCAAUGAAGGCAGUGACGAUAGGCGGAGAGGUAGAUCCGAUUCUGAAACGUUAUCUGAUGAUCCGUUAUUGGAAUCGAAUGAUGAAGGUAUCGGGACCGAUGAGAGAGUAGAUGACGUGCCUUCGAGUGCGAAAGAAAUGGAGACGCUUGUAGUUUUAAAAGAAACUUUAGAUAUUGCGUUACCGCCCUUGUGUCCGCUUGGUGUAACAAAGUGUACUAUAGUUAAAUGUAUUAGUGUGGAACGUGGCUUAGACGAGAAGGCGUGUCUUCGACCCCCUACAUUAUUUUCUGACUGUAGUCGUCCGUUAAGCCCAGUCAGCUCUAGAAGUGAGAGUCCUCUAAGUGAUAAGACAGGUAUGGGAAGGUUUUCCCCUCAGUUCGGGCGACCAUUACCGUUCACUGAUUCCGAUGGAUUUUACGACUUUCCCAGUACAGAGAGUGUAAAGGGAAAUACUUGUAAAAGUAGUGGCAGUUCACACAGAAAGGCAGGAAGAAGAAAAGAUAAGAAAACUUCUAGGACGGUGUCGCAUGAAGUGACGGGAGCAACAAAAUCUACGCUACCUCAUAUGCCACAUUCCAUGCAUAAUUUGUUGGAGGUACCCUGUUACAACCGAGGCCGCAAGGUCGGCAGAAGACGCUCCCGUUCCCAAGUGCCAGCACUUGCUUCUUCAUCAUCAUCAGAGGAAUCUGUCUCCAACGCCUCGGUGGCAUCUAUUGCAUCGGCGAGGGAGCUGAGGCUUCCAGACUUGGACAUGCAGGUCCACAUGCAAAUAUCGCGACCUAUUGCUUUACACUCAGAGCCGACACGUCUGAAGAAACCGCUCCGACGACAGAAAUGCCGAAGUUCAGAGGACACCACUUCAAAGAUAUCGUCUAGUUUAGAUUUAACUGAGGGAUCUCGGAGACCAGUGAAGGUGAACAAGUUGAGGACCAUUAGUAAUCAGAUAAGAUUUCUCCGUCGUCUAGAAAGAAGUUUAAAAAUGAAGGAAAGCUAUCCUGUAAUAUCUGAUGAUGAAGGAGACGAGUCAUCCAGCGUCACGUCGCCCUUACUCCAGGGCCGGAAAGACCACAACCGAAUGCCGUGUCACGCGAUAUCAGCUCCUCUGUUAAGUGCCGCAAGACCCAAAAUCACGAGGCAAAGACGUUACGAUAAAUCGUUCGUACACGAUGAAACUAGAACGUUAAGUGCUGCUCCUGAUAAUUCAGACUAAUCAUAAUAUUAUUCGUUUUGUGUUCAAACAUUUACAAUAGCAGGCAUUGAAAGAAAUAAAUCGAAAAUUCUUCUGAUCCUUUAGAUCCCAAUCAGCUGGUUGAAAGUAGUAAGUCCGCGGCUCAUAAGUCGGCAAGUCUAAUAAAAAAAGGGUGCGUGUACUUAUGUACGCGCGUAAGAAGUUAUACUUCUUUGGCAUUAUUAAAAAUAGUUUUUGAUUGCAUGCCA